UUUUAUUUUGAGCAGCUGAAAGUAGCUACAAACUAUAUCCAGCAAAUAUGUACAGUUACAGCACUUCCGGUAUCGGUUACAAAUUAAAAGCCAUUUUUGCAAAAAGUUCUGUUGCAUGUCGUACUGAGGCUUUUAUUGUGAAGCAAGUACAGGAACUUGCUUCACAAUAAAAGUUACCUUGAUGAGCUCAUAUGUGAUCAACAUGUUAUUGCAGGACAGCAGAGAAUCAGAGACAGUUGAAGAAGAGAAGACGUCCACGUGCAGCAGAGGUGCGAUUAUGACGAAGAUACAAGCAGAGAUGAAGAUGAGUCUGAGAGGCUUUGUGAUCUACUGAUGGAGUCCUGAUGAUACGAUCGGUUAUUGACUGAUUUAUGUAAAUUUAACGGCUAAGAGCCACAGCUCAAACCUGCGGGAGUGUGUGGGCGUGACCUCAGUGUCACACGGGAGCAUGUGGUGAAAUAGAAAUGCUGCAAUCCCAUAUAAAUGAGUUACAGUUACAGGAGAUCCGCUUAAAACAGAAUAUUUUUGAUUCUUGAUCAGCUCUGAAGCACGGAGCCUGCCAGACGUUUAUUUCGGUCACUUGAGCCUCCUCGUUAUUACGCACGUGUUUCUGAUCCCACCCUCAGACUGUUUUUGCUCCUCUUCAAGACACAAACAGUUGUCAGAGCGCGAUGCUCAGAACAAACGCACCUGUCACCACACUCGAAAACUCUGCUUCAUUUUCACACUGUACCCUUACCCUGUAAGGAUUAAACUGGGAUGUCCUGUUCUCGGGAAAUCUCGCCAUCCUUUGGAUAUUUAGCGAACUCCGAAGAGUCGGAUCAGCAGACCAAUGAGGCGGAAAUGGCCGCUGGGACAUUUGAGCGUCUCUGCUGGAGUCACCGUCUGUGUCUGCAUGUCAGGCAGCUGCCACUCCUCUCUCCCCUCACCUGCCAUAGAUGGCUUCUGUCAGAUUUCUCCUGUUUUUGUCAUUAAUGUCUAUAUCUGCAGCUCUGCAGCAGGAUGUUCAGGCGAAGCUUGGAGCUGACGUCACUCUCCAGUGUCAGAUUACCACAGAUGAAAUAAUCUCAGUGCUGAAGUGGAGCAGACCUGACCUGAACACAGACGGCUACGUCUACUUCUACAGGAACAAGCGCUCCUAUGAAAACUACCAACAUCCAUCUUUUCAUGGCCGAGUGAAGCUGAGGGACCCGGAGAUGAAGGACGGAGACGUUUCUGUGACCCUGAAGAAUGUAACAUUUAAUGACACUGGGAUUUAUGAGUGUCACGUAGCAGUGAGGAAGUCUGGGAGAAGUAAAAGAGGUCACACUGAGAUCAGUCACUUCAUCCGCCUCACAGUCACAGGUAAAGUGCAUAAAAACAUGUUGGAGGAGCACAUCAUGGAAAGAGAAGAUGCUGAUGAAAACACUGAGGUUGAACAGGUUGAAACACAGACUAUCCUCGUUGUUGCUGGUGUUGCUGGUGUUGCUGCAGUUGCUGCAGUUGCUGCAGCUGCUAGUUUGUUAGUGUUGCUCCUUAAGAAGCAGCAUUUAGUUAAGGUUCCUACUGAGGAAAGAUCAGUAGGAAGUUCUGUUGAUAACAAACAGCAGCCAAAAAGAUUACAAUAUAUUUAAUUGAAAGCGAAAAUGAUAAGAUCACAAACUGUUUUUUUAUUUGAUGAUAACUUGUAACCACUAAAACCAUUAAACACUGUCCUCAUAUAUCUGUCAUUAAAAUAUCCUCAUAUCUACAUUUAUAAUUAUUAAUACUAGUUAAAUAUAUACACUUAGAGCACAAACCUUGCUUAUUGCAAGCUAGUCUGUCCAUUCAAAGCAGUGGUAGGUAACCUUGUAUGUGUGGUAUUUGCACACAUUUGCAUGUAUGGAAAUGACACCAUAAUUGACUUUAUAAACUUACAGCCAUCCUGUUUCCUCUUAAGGUCUACAAAUCUCAGUUGGAUCAGAAAAACUUGAUUCUAAUUUGUUGGAUUCUAUUUUCUUACAAUGUGGGUAUUUGUGCUUGCAGGUGCAAAGACCACAAACAUCAGCAGAUAGGCAUGUAAUGUACUUAAAUUUAAAAAGCAAAGCAUUACUCUAAUUGCAAAUGAACUAUGCAUCCACACAGCACUUUAUUCUGUGUACUUCAACCAUUUUAUCUACUUCAUAUACAUGGAUGCUUUAGAAUUACUAACUUAACUGACAUGUAUGUGUUUAGACUUUGAGGCAUCCAGAGUACCAAGAAAAUCUAUACAAAAAGGCCACAGCCAGGAUUUGAGCCAGGGACUGCCAAUUGCAUGAAAUUAUAAUAAUACAAAUGAUGAUAACAACUUUGUGUAACACAUUAAAAAGAAAAACAUAGAAAGAUGGGGUGUUGUUAAGUGCAAUUCCAGAGGGUGUGGACAACCACAAUGAAUGCUCUGUCCAUAAAAGUAUGGAGGCUGGUGCAAGAGAGAGAGAGAGAGUGAAAGCAGAUCCAUGGCAUCCGAGACUGUGUUUGUGGGUGCAGCAGGUCUGACAAGUACUGAGGGAUUUGUAAGUGAGAAAGAAGUAUCUUGUAAGUAGUGUGUGACUUCAGUGGAUAUCCAUGGAGAUUUGAGGGUGGGGGUGAUGUGUUGUUCAGACUGUUGUAAAAUGUCAGAAAAGGUCAAAUUUGACCGAAACAGAAAGUAAAGGGUUGAGGAAAGAUUAAACACUGACACCUCAGUAACUACAUUUAUCAAGUACACCACACUGCUGUCCAUAAAUGUCAAAUCAAGUAGAUGUAUUGAAUUUCAGACACUGAGGGUGAUAAUUUCAAAACUACCUCACUUCCUGUUUCACAUUGUCACAUGGAAUCAGAUGUUUCAUCUACCCAGUUUUUUUAUUUGUUUAUUAUUUUUUUAUUUAUAUUUUUAUUUUACAUUUUGAUUUAAACAAAAAAAAGGAAAAAAAACACAGCUGAAACACUGAAAAUAUGUUUGCAGAUGUUUUAGCAACAUUUACCUCAAAACUGUAAGUGGAAAUUAAAAGUCUACUGAGGCCGGUAAACGUUCUACACCUCUGUAAAGGUGGUGGUAUGGUGGAUACAUCAGGAGGUUACUAAGGUCUUCAGGGCCUUAAGUCAGCUACAAAUACCCAUUUCCACUUAAAACCUGCUCUAUUUAGAUCUGCUUGGUUUUGGUUGUUUGCGUUUAUAAUUGAGUACCACCUGACAUGCGAGCGAUGGUUAAAACAAUGCAGCCAAACAUCAGAAUGUUGAGAAGGUGAUAUACUUGCUGCUUGGUCUGUGGCUUUUUGUCAAAUUUAGGGACCAUGGUGUUUUUUGUGCUGCUGUUUCCCUCGUUGCCGGCUCACUGUUGAUGUCACAUUUUUGGAUCGUCUCACUUAGUUCACUCAUGAAGUACCUGGUACCAGAGACUACCACCUAAUGGAAAACCCUAAAAACUGAGUCAAGCUGAGCCGACUUAUUGAGUUAAAAAAUUAGGAAAAGAAAAAAAAAUAGUAGGAAACUGCUCAGUGAAUUAACAUCACUGUUAAAUUAGAUUGAAUUCAUGUUUUCUUAAAAGUCUAAUGAGCCAAAUGUUUAUCUUCUUUUUUCUAACCAAAAGUAGAAGUAAUAAUAUGUCUUUUUUGAGUGUGGGUGUGGCGGAGGCGCCUCCCUGUUAAAAGGGAGUUCUUUCUCCCCACUUUAACCAAGUGCUGCUCAUAUUGGGUGAUCUGAUCGUUGAAACCCUUUCUCUCGGUUUAGUGUUUUUAUUAUUAGGUAUUGUGAGCGUAGACUAAACGAGAUCUUACUGACCUGAAUUACUUACACAACCAUACUUUACAUUCCACAUUCCACUGUACAUGUAUGUGUUUGCAGGUUGCUGAAUGUAUGAUGAAAUUUUACCUCAAGCACUGAAGGGGGAAAAAAAGAAAGAAAAAUCGGCUAUAAUUUUCUUAUUUAUACCAGAUUGUCUGAUCUGCACACAUGCAAUAUCAAUGCAUAUGUAAAGAAACUAGAGACGUUAAAGUAUUUCAAAUAUUUGUUGUUGUUGUUGUUUUAUUUGUAUGUUUGUUUAUUUAUUUUACUGCGAUUUUUUUUACAGAUUUGAAUAAAACAAAAUUUUACACUGUUUUUCAGGAGAGACUUGACAGGCUUAAUCAUUAUUACUAUUGUUGUUAUUAUUAUUAGUAGUAGUAGUAGCAGUAAUUUAUUAACAUUUAUUAUUAUUAAAAUGGUAACAUAGCGGUAGGGGUGUUAUUGAUAUGAUCGUUAUCCUUAUUACUAGAUUAAUUAAAUUUAUUCCUUUUGAUUUUUCCUCUCCAUUUGCGGAUGGUUAAAAAAAAAUUAGCAUGACAACCCGUCUUGAUACAGACCUCACAUAAUCUUAGAACAAAAAUUUUUAAAAACAAAGUGAAACUAUGAUUAUUCAGAUCAUUUUGAUUAAAAAAAACCUGUGGAGUUUCUGAUAACUGCUUGUUUGUAUGUCAUCAGUGUGUUUAUAUGGAGUCUGAUUGUUCAGUUUGCCAUGAACCAUUAUUAUGCAGAUUAUGAUUACACAGUCAAGUACAACGUUUCUUUACAUUGUAAAAUCAAGUGUAACUUGCUGCUUUGAAAAACAAACAAACAUGUAUAUUAAGCACCAGAUUUUAUUUUCUGCUGUUAUCUGCACAUGAAAAUACACUGCAUAAUAAAUAAAUCAUUAAAUGGUGUAAAGGA